UUGCACAGACCGCGCUACUCGGAAGUGUUCCAAGAAGUGUUAGCUUACGCAUUUCUACAUUUAUUACAGUGUUAAGAUGACAUAUGCAAAUGGUUUUGUUAAAACGUAUCGUUGGGAAAUGUAGUAACCUACUACUCAGCUGGUGUAACGUCUCUCUAUUAGGGUUGAGUGGUUUUGUCUGGGUGGGGUUCGUGGGGCUCUGAGAUGACAAACGCAACGAAGAUUGAUCAAUGCACAAAACACUGAAUAAUCUCAUUGAUGGUCAUCUUUAUGAAAUUAAGAUUCUUCUCUACAAAAACAUGUGGCACACGUUAAUGCUUGCUCUAUUUUUAUCAUUGGCAGGUGUGUCUGGUACAGAGACCGAUGCAACUAAGUCUGUGUCAGUAAUUGAGGGAGAUUCUGUUACUCUACACACCAAUGUUACCGAAAUACUGAAUGGUGAUAAUAUACUGUGGCUGUUUGGUCCUAAAGACUCUCUUAUAUCUCAAAUCGGAAGAAUGAAUGACUUCACCACAUUUUUUGUCACCGAUGAUGUGAGGUUCAGAGGCAGAUUACAAGUGGACCAAAAAAGUGGCUCUCUCACCAUCAGAAACUCUAGAAUCAGACACUCAGGACAAUAUAAAAUAACCAUGACUAGAGAAGAAAUAAUGUCCAAGAUAUUUAUUGUUAAUAUCUCAGCUGUGGUUAGUGAUACGGAUAGAGUAAAGUCAGUGUCAGUAUCAGUGAAGGAGGGAGAUCCUGUCACUCUAAACCCUGAUGCUGAAAUACACAAAGAUGCUCUAAUGCUGUGGAGGUUUGUGGAAAAAGGCAUUCUCCUAGCUAAAGUUGACAUUGAGACUAACAAGACCUCAUUAUACAAUGAUAAUGAGAGAUUCAGAGACAGACUGAAGCUGGAUCAUCAGACUGGAUCUCUGAUUAUCAAGAACACCAGAAUCACAGACUCUGGACUUUAUGAAUUACAGAUCAGAGGCAGUGAAAGUUUACAGCGAUUCUUUGUUUCGGUCAGUGCUCUUCCAGAUCCAGGUCUGUCUCCAGGUGCUAUAGCAGGAAUCUGUUUAGGUGUUAUAGUUCCUCUUCUGCUGCUUGUAGCUGCAGCUGGUGCUUUGCUUUACUAUCGCCACAGGAUUUCUAAAUUAAAAAGUAAAAUAACUGUGACAGAUGAAGAGAAAAAGUCACUGAUGGAGGGAGAUUCUGUCACUCUAUCGACUGGUCUAACUGAAAUACAGAGGGAUCACAUGAUAGAGUGGUGGUAUGAAGGUGAAGGCAGUCUCAUUGCUAAAAUCAAUGGAGAGUCCAGAGAGACAUCAGAUGGUGCUGAUGGGAGAUUCAGAAGCAAACUAAGUCUGAAUGCAAAAGGAGAUCUCACUAUCAGUAACAGCAGGACCAUACAUUCUGGACUCUAUCAACUAAAGAUCAGCAGCAGCAACACCAGAAAACCCACAUACAAGAGAUUCAGUGUUACCAUCACUGUGAAGUCAAAGCAAGUGCAGGAGGGAGAAUCUGUCACACUUCAGAUUGAAGCUCAAAUACAGAGAGGUGAUCUGAUACUUUGGACGUUUGGAGCUUCAAACCUUCUCGUUAUUAGAGAUGAACUAACUGGAACUGAGAGUAUUCAUGAGGACUUCAGAAACAGACUGGAGCUGGAUCAUCAGAAUGGAGAUCUCACUAUCAGAAACAUCACAGUCAAAGACUCUGGACAUUUUAAACUACAGAUCAUCAACCACCAAAAGACCACAUUCAGAAGAUUCAAUGUGACUGUCACUGUUUCCACUGGAAACCAAGUGAGUGAUUCAGUGAAUGUAGUGAUGCCGCUGUUGAGUGGAGAUGCUGCUGAUGGAGAGAAUCAGCAGCAAGAGACAACUCCACUUUAAUGAGAUAAGACACGCCCACCAGUGUCAGUCACUCUGACAUCAUCAACAUUUGAGUUCAACAACAAAUUCUGCUUUCAUGAAUGUGAGAAACAAGUCGGUAUGCUGGAAAAAGUUGGAAUGAAAACUGCAGACAAAAGUGUAUAGACACUGCUGAUAGCUGAUAAAGCACAGAGUGAGACAAAUCUCACAGUCAACCAUUCCCAGUCGACACCUAAGCUUACAUAACACUUCCAAAUGAUUUGUGGUGCUACAACUACCGAACAUCAGCUUUAAAGAUGUACUACACUCCUUAAAAUAAAAAAGCCAAAAGGGAGUUUCUGCUGUGAUGCCAUUGAAGAACCAUUUUUGGUUUCUCAAAUAGUGAACAGUUCAUAAAAGAACUAUUUUUAUUAGUGUUAACCAUCAUACUUGUCACGGAACAACCCCAUGAUCCUAAAUGGACUGUAUGGAUGUACACCAUAUCUAGCACACACACAUACACUGCACUCAUCAUUAACAUGGUCUGUUAGCCGCCACUGACAUCAAGUAUACACAGACCUGUAUAAUGCCUGUGAUUGUUCAAAUGUAUGGUGUAUUAUGCGUUUAAGAGAUGUGAGGUACGAUGUGUAUUUUGUUCAUUCAUUUUCAAUAUAAAGAACCACAAUGCACAUGUUUGAUUUAAAGUCUUUAUUCAAGAUUAAGUCACACAGUAUAAUAAAUAUAACUUACCUCAUUGUAAUAGACCAGUGGCCAAACCCGAAAUGUUUUAAACCUAAACUAUUUAAACAUGAUGGACACACCGUCUGAUUGGGAGAAACCAUGUUGGGUAUGAUGUCACUUGCUGGGGGGGGGGUGUUUCAAUGGACCAGUAAAACAAGGGUUAUAUUUGUUGGGAACAAGGGAACAAGCAAUAGAAGCUUGUGUUAAAGUGCCUGUACUUGUACUUGUACUUGUACUUGUAUGAUCCAACAAAGAGACUUGUAGAUAUUGUUUUCUUUAUUUAUCUUUGUGGUGUAUAUGAUCCAACAAAGAGACUUGUACAUAUUGUUUUCUUUAUAUUUGUUUUGUUUUGUUGUGGGAUCUACACUAUCCGCACAAUAAACUCACCUCCACUGGAAUUUCCUGUCGCUGUGGUCUUAUGCCUCAGAUCGUGAGUGCCAUCCCUAACAAUACUCAUUUUCAGUUUACACUCAUGGUACUUGGGGUCAAUUUGACCUCAAAUGUUUAUAAAGUAUUGCAAAUAUAUAUAAAACAAAAAAUAGUACAAAUUAUGUAUCUCUUUUAAAUUGUCCAGGGUUUUGCGGGGUCUUAAAAAGUCUUUAAUUUAGUUGUAUCAAAUUUAAGGCCUCAAAAAGUCUUAAAUAUAACAACAAAGUCUUGAUUAUGAUUUCAAGGGGUCUUAAAUUUGGGGACGGACAGACCAGAAUUACGAUAUGGCUGAAUGUGACGAUUAAACUUCAAAAGGCUAACGUUUUCAUUUCAUUAAAUAAAAGAGUGCUGCACGAUCAAAAUCUGGUGCUGUGCUGCUUUGUGUUCUACUGUUACUAGGGAAACCAUUAUAUAUGUUGAUUUAAUUUGCUGGGUAACAACCCAAAUGCAAUAAUCUGCCUAAAAAGAUGGUGCACACUUUUAGAAAAAAAAAUGACUUAAAGGU